AUGGCCCUCUUUCUGCACGUUCUCUCUUGCUUGCUGGGCCUAGGGUCAUGGAUCGCUAUAAAUGGGGUGUGGGUGGAAUUGCCUCUACUGGUACCCAUUGCCCCAGAGGGUUGGGAGCUGCCCUCAUAUCUCACCCUUCUCAUCCAGUUUGCUAACAUUGGGCCGUUGGUGGUCACCCUUACUCACAGGUUUUCCCCGGGGUAUCUGCGUGAGGGUCCGGUUAUAUUUGCCCUGCUUGGGGUGGGAGUCCUGUCGUGCCUCCUCUUAGCCUUUCUGUGGCAGGAGACCAGCUGGAUAGGGUCAUCAAGGAGAAGCACGGCCCUUCUGGCCCUUAUCUUCUGUCUGUCGCUGGUGGACUGCACAUCCUCGGUCACUUUCUUGCCCUACAUGACCCAACUCAGACCUGCUUACCUCACCUCUUACUUUAUCGGAGAAGGACUGAGUGGCCUUCUGCCCGCGCUGCUUGCCCUGGCCCAGGGCGUUGGGGUGGUGAGCUGCGUGACUAGCACGGACCUGAAUAACACGCAACCCAAUGGGACUAUCCCCUUCAACACAACGGCCAUGUACCACCCGGCUCGGUUCCCGGUGUGGGGCUUCUUCCUGUUUCUGAUGGGUAUGAUGGCCACUUCCUUACUCGCUUUCACCAUCCUGAACGUGAUGCCCUCAGAGAGGUGCCAAGGGCACCAGGAGGAGACAGUGGCCAAGAAAAGAGGGGAAAGGGGGUCAUGGGGCAAGGGAGUGGAGCAGCUGCCAAUGAUGGGGGACGCAGACCUUGUGGUGAAGACGUGUGACAGAUGGAAGGGCUUUGGGAAGUACUCGUGGGGCGAGGGGCUCUACUUGUUCUUAGUCUUGGGGUGGGUCAACGCCCUGACCAACGCCGUCCUGCCCUCUGUCCAGACCUACUCCUGCAUGCCUUACGGGAGCCACAUCUACCACCUGGCAGCAGCCCUUUCUGCCAUGGCCAACCCACUGGCGUGCGGCAUCUCCAUGUUCCUUCCCAACAGGUCUCUGGUGACCAUGGGCAUCCUGACAGCGACGGGAACGGCUGUUGCCCUUUACAUCAUGGCCAUGGCGGUGCUGAGUCCAUGCCCCCCCCUGCUAUAUACGACCAUGGGGGGCACACUCAUGGUGCUGAGCUGGGUGCUGUUCGUUGGGAUCCUGUCCUACGUCAAGGUCAUCAUCGGGAUGAUUCUGAGAGAUGAAGGACACAGCGCCCUGGUGUGGUGCGGGGCAGUAGUGCAGCUCGGCUCGAUGCUGGGCGCACUCACUAUGUUCCCCCUGGUGAAUGUUUAUUCUUUGUUCCACUCCGGAGACCCCUGCAACCAGAACUGCCCCACAUAGUCCA